AUGUAUGUAGUACAUACCACUCGUUCAUGGAUGGACCAUUUAAAGGCAGCCAAUCAGAGAUUACAAUUGUUACAACAUGAUGAUGAAAGACUUGUCAGUUACCUCAAUGAGUUAGAGACACAUAAACGACAACAGGAACAACAACUGACCGAGGUCGAGGAACUUUGUGCUAAUCUGGCAAUAGAACUGGAGUCAGAGAAUGCGAAGGUAUUGAAAAUGCAGUUAAUGUAUGAGAACCAGGAGUUUACCCAGGAAGAUGUGGAACGUAUUAACAUGAGAACACGAGAGCUAGAGCGACAGAAAGCCGACAUUGAGAAAAAUAUACAAGCUGUAGAUGAAGAUAUCUGGAAAGAGGAGAUAGGACUCUCAAAAGAAGUUGAACAGAUCCAGUCAAAGUGUCAAGCAUAUAAUAAAUUGGCUCACAGUUUGAAGCUAAUACCUAUUACAGCUGAAAACUCAUCUGGUAUUGACUAUGAACUGAAGAAAACUGCCUACACUGAUGGCACUUUGUCCAACUUCCAAGAUAUUAUAAAGCCUGCAUUGAUAACUUUGAAACAACAGUGUGCGGACACUGCAAAUCGUCAGAACUCGGAAAAGAUCAAAGUAAAGGAGCAGUUAGAACAGGCAUCAGAGUAUGUGAGUGAUCUACAGAAUGAGGUUGGUUUAUUGGAGAGUAAAUAUAAGAGAGCAGAGGAUGAGGUGGAGGCUAAAAAACAGAUGUAUUUGAAGGAGAUACAGAGAAUGCAGGAGUGUGUAGAAGAGCUACAGAAUGAGAUGGUACAUUUAGAAAGUGUCAUGUUCCUAUCCCAACAAGAUGCUUCAACCGAGAAGAAAAAACUAGACUCUUGGUCAUUACAAGAAAGGGAAAAGGCAAGGAGAAAGUUAGAACAGCAUAAAAAUUUCUUGCAGGAAGCUCUUCAAACCUUUAUGGAACAUAUGGAAAACAUGCAGGCCAAGUUAGCAGAAGCCCAUGAGGAUUCUGAAGCAUUAAAAGAAAAGGUUAGACAGGAGGCCAAAGUGAAGGGCAUUGAGUGACUGAAAAUAUAGUUUUGUGACUUACUAAAUGAACUGAAACAAAGAUUUGUUGUUAAGCUGACAACAAGUUGUAUAGAAUUGGAAGAAUAUUUAAUCCACAAUGUUUUGUACACAAAGUAUUUCUUUAUUGAAUGCUGUGAAUAAAGCCAUGUUGUGUUAUGCAGCAAGUGUGUACAGAAGCUAUCUAUAUUUAUUAAAAUGGUUAUGAUCAUUUUUUUCCUGAAAUAAUAGUUACAAAACAAGAUUUAAAAUACGUGUGGAAAUAGACAUUGAAAAGAACAUCAACAUCUGAGUUUAUGGAAGACAGUUUGAGGUCUCUAAGAUUAUUUUUGCUUACAUAAACUGUUAGUACAGUCAAACUUGUAUUAAGCGACCGCGCAAGGGAAACACCCAAAAUGGUCGCUUAAUGAAACAGUCUCUUAAGACAAAGCAUGAUAAAAAGUCAAAAUUUAUAUAUGACAUCUUUAUUUUGCUGUGGGAAUGUUUUUCCACUUCAUGUUUAAUAUUUAGAACGCUCCGAUAAUCUCAAUGGAUGCUUAUGUAAAAAAAUAACUUUCUGAUAUUUAUUGACAAAUCAGUUUUGAUCCAUUACGUACAUGUUUGACAUUUUUCCACAAUUUUUAAACUUUUCCGAUGUAUUUCCUUGCCUUCAACACGAAAACCCUGAUAAGUAAAGAUUUUCUUUUGUUCGUUUUCAAGUUACAACAAAAGUCUAAUAAUUCUGGGACACCUUUUGUAUGUUGUGUUACUAAUUGUCUGAAACAUUAUUGUAAAAUGUCUUAAUAUAUUUAUAUAUACUGACAGAUAAUGUGUUUGCAUUGAACAUACAGAAGAAGAGUAAAUGAAAGUACAUGUAUGUUGAACUAAAGUCAUUGUAUUUUAAGGCAUAUGUCUAAAAUUAUAUUAUAGUUUACAUGUUAAUGUUUUGUGAUUAUUAUCUUUCUCUUUAAAAUGAUAUAAAUACAUGUAUCUGAUAGCAAACAUUUAAAAUUGUUCACUUUUUUUUUUUAGUGGAAUAAAGCAAACUUAUUAGUAAUGGUAAAGAAUAACAAUACCGUGUAAUCACUGACUGAAGAUGAUUUAAUGCAAACUCACAAACAUACAUCCAUAAUUAUUGCAUAUAUAAACAUCAUUAGUAUUUGUUUACAAAAAAGAAAAAUAUGGCACAUUUAAUAUAUGAAUCACAUGACUUGAAACGGUCCUUUAAAAAGAGAUAGAUUCAAGAUUAAGUAAUAUUGAUAGCCUACAGUAAGUGAUAUUCAACUUCUCACUAACCGGAUUGAAAAAUGUGUAAAUGUUACUAAAAAAAGCGGUGUUGGAAAAUCUUAUCUCACAUGGGCUUAUCUCACACUCCACGUGCAGCACUUCUUUACGUAUUCCUACACAUACAUGAUAUUUACUAAAAUUUUGACAAAACUGAAACAUCAUAGGUCCAAAUGUAUCAAAUAUAUGAGCUAAUCUAUUAAAUUGUCCACACAAUCGACAUAAAUUGAUAUUAACUUUCACGCCUCAAUGAGUCCUACUCUACCUAGGUCUGACUUUCCUUAUCAAUCUGUUAUUAAAAAUAGCACACUUUAAAACAUCUAAAAAAAAUGUCGUAAAAUCGGAUAUGACACGUUGCCUGAAAAACAUUCAUAUUUUCUGUAAUGA